GAAAUCACUUCACUCUCACACACACAACGUGCAGUCGCGCGGUGAGCGGUGGAGCGAGCGAUCCCGAGGCAGCCCAUAGUUGUGUAGCUGUACAGAGGGUGACUGACAGAGGACCAAAACGCUGGCAACUAAUGGACAUAUAGUAUAUUGUUUUGUUUUUUUUACUCUGGAACCCUCUGCUACGGGAACAUAUUGAGGAUUAGCUUAGCAGCUGGUGAGAAUGUUCCAAACUAAGCACAGGAUGCUGCUAUAAAAGUGGUCCGGAGACGUACUAUAUAUGGUUGUUUCCGUAUCCGAGGAGGGGACAACAAACUGAUGUGCAGCGCUUCUGGUCACCAAGUUGUUUUCUGACGGCAAUUAACGCACUCGAUUUGAUAUCAGGGGGACCGUCAUUGGAUUUGAAGGAAUAGGCUAACCGUCGUCGGCUGAUCAAGUGGAUUGUUUGUUGUUGGGGCUUUUUAUCACGGGGAGUGCGUUGUUCAUGUAUUGUGGAUUCCUACUUGCGGGGAGAUAUUGAGGGCUGAAGUGGCUUCGUUCAGGAGAGGAAAGGGAUCGAAGCUUCUASCCUGGCUGAAGCGCUCAGAACUGGGAUAGGCUACUGAGGAGUUCUCAUCCAUCCAAGACCGAUGCUGUGCCAGUCAAGCGGAGUGAUGGCGCUGAGGUGGGAUGCCACGCUGGUGUUGGCCGCCGUGCUUCUGGUUCGCUGUGGGGCCGAUCCCACUGACAUUCUCUACCGGAUGCUCGAGGAGCAGCCGCCCAACACGUUGAUUGGCAGCCUGGCAUCGGACGAGGGCCUGCCCGACUCAGGCCACCUGUACAAGCUGGAGGUGGGCACCCCUUUCCUGCGCGUGGACGGCAAGACGGGAGACAUUUACACCACAGAGGUCCCCAUCGACCGUGAGACACUGCGGGACUGCCGCAACCUGCUUGAGGGCGACAAGUGCUUCCUGGAGUUCGAGGUGUCUAUCACGGACCUGAAGCAGGGCCAGGGACCGCGGCUGAUCGAGGGUCGCAUCGAGGUGCAGGACGUCAAUGACAACACACCCCAGUUCACCUCGCCCAUCCUCAUGCUGUCCAUCCCAGAGAACACACACAUCGGGGCACUCUUCUCCAUCCCCAUGGCCAGCGACAAGGACUCGGGCCACAACGGCGUGGCCGAGUACUCGCUUAGCGCCGGGCCUGACGCCGACCAGCUCUUCAGCCUGCAGGUGGCCGAGGACACAGACGAGAAGCAGCCACAGCUCAUCGUCAUGGGCAACCUGGACCGCGAGCAGAAAGACUCGUACGAUCUCAACAUCCGUGUGGUGGACGGGGGCACACCACCGCGAGCCAGCAGCGCCCUGCUGAGGGUGACCGUCACCGACCAGAACGACAACGCACCCAAGUUUGAGAGGAGCCACUAUGAGGCUGAGCUGGCUGAGAACAGCCCUGUGGGACACUCAGUCUUGCAGGUGAAAGCCAACGACGCUGACAUGGGUACCAACGGGGAGAUCGACUAUAGCCUGCACCAGGCCUCCGAUGCCGUCCAGAGGUUGCUCCGCAUUGACCGCUCCACAGGGAUCAUCUACGUCAAGGGGCUGGUGGACCGCGAGGAGGAGAGCUUCCUCAAGUUCUUUGUGGUGGCCAAGGACCGUGGCCCCAACUCCAAGAACUCCAAAGUCCUGGUGACCAUCAACGUCAAGGACCAGAACGAUAACGCACCCGCCAUUGAGAUCCGUGGCAUCGGCCUGGUCACCCACCACGACGGCGUGGCCAACAUCUCAGAGGACAUGCCCAUCGGCACGCCUGUAGCCCUGGUGCAGGUGUCGGAUCGAGAUGAAGGGGAGAAUGCUGUGGUCACCUGUGUGGUGGCCGGGGACGUCCCCUUCCAGCUGCGGCCCGCCAGCGAGUCAGCCAACGACCGCAAGAGGAAAUACUUCCUGCAGACCACGACCCUGCUAGACUACGAGCGCAUCAAGGACUACAGGAUUGAAAUAGUAGCGGUGGACUCCGGUAACCCUGCACUGUCCAGCACAAACUCCCUGAAGGUGCAAGUCACCGACAUGAAUGACAAUGCCCCUGUCUUCUCCCCCACUCUGUUUGAGGUGGACUUUGCAGAGGAGAAUCAGCCAGGUGAUAAGGUCCUGGAUGUGGUGGCCACGGACGCGGACAGCGGGUCCAACGCAGAGCUGACCUACAGCAUCAUCAUGGACUCGGCCACUAAGGGGCUCUUUGAGAUCGACCCCAAAACGGGAGAGGUGCACGUGAGAAAUACGCUGGACCGUGAGCACAGGGAGCAGUACGAGUUCCACGUGGCGGCGGCCGAUAAGGGCUCGCCUAGCCUGAGGGGGACGGCCACGGUGGUGGUCAAGGUGUUGGACCGUAAUGACAACGACCCCAAGUUCAUGUUGAGCGGCUACAGCUUCUCCGUCUUGGAGAACAUGCCUCCGCUCAGCCCUGUUGGCAUGGUGACGGUCAUCGACGCAGAUAAGGGCGAGAACGCCAGGGUGCAACUCUCGGUGGAGCCCGACAAUGGCAAGUUUGUCAUCCAGAAUGGCACAGGCACUAUCCUCUCCAGCAUAUCCUUUGACCGUGAGAAGGAGAGCACAUACACUUUCCGCCUCAAGGCUGUGGAUGCCGGUGACCCUCCCAGGUCCUCCUACGUGGGUGUGACCAUCAACGUCUUGGACGAGAACGAUAACUCCCCCUAUGUCACCAAGCCCUCCAACUCCUCCUACAAGUACCUCCCACCUCUCACGACCCCCGAGACACGCGUGGAAGUGGUGGAGGCCGAAGACAUCGACACUGGACCCAACGCCGAGCUGGUCUUCAGCAUUACUGGCGGGAACCCCUACGGACUGUUUCACAUCUCGCCCAACAAUGGGGAGAUCACCCUGGCCCAGGAGUUCACCCGCAAGCACAACGGGCUCCACCGUCUGGUGGUGAAGGUGAGCGACAAAGGCAAGCCACCACGCCACACCACCGCCCUGGUCCACAUCUUCGUCAACGAGACCAUGGGCAACAUCACCCUGAUAGAGUCUCUGGUGGGUCACAGCCUCUACACUCCUCUGGACAGAGACAUUGCCGGGGACCCCAACUACGCGCUGGCCCAGCGCAGCAACAUCCUGUACGGCAGCCUAGCGGGCAUCGCCGGAGUCAUCCUGGUCAUCGUAGUGGUGGUGGUGAUCCGCCAUCGCAUGCAGAAGGACACCAAGAGCGGCUACCAGGCGGGCAAGAAGGAGAGCAAGGACCUGUACGCCCCCAAAGCAGGGCCCAAGAAUGGCAAGGGCAAAAAGAGCAAGAAGGGCAAGGUGCCCAAGCCCACCAAGCCACUGGAGGAGGACGAAGAGGCCAGCCUCCAGAAGGGCCUCAACUUCAACCUCAUAAACGAUAGUGUCAAUGACAGUCCCCGGAUCCACCUGCCCCUCAACUACCCCCCGGGCAGCCCCGACCUGGGCAGACACUACCGCUCCAACUCCCCACUGCCCUCCAUCCAGCUGCAGCCCCAGUCCCCCUCUGCCUCCAAGAAGCACCAAGCCGUUCAGGACCUGCCCGCCACCAACACCUUUGUGGGCACAGGUGACAACAACUCUACAGGCUCCGAUCAAUAUUCGGAUUACAGCUACAAGGCAAACCCGCCGAAAUACAGCAACAAACAGGUAGGCGACUACUUCCCCACAGCAGUGUACAACAGGAACAUUAUGUGGACCGACGAGGUUUGGUAGAAAUGGGACUGAAUCACAGAGAUUUGUUACCAAAGCUGCACUGAUCACUCAUUCUCUCACCGCGAUCACGCCACUACCUUUCCCAAAUCACGGCAGGCUUGCCUUUUCAUCUCUCAUUUUUAUUUUUUGUUAUGUUUAUGUUUGUCAUUUAAAAAAAUCCUCACCUUAAAAUGGACUCACUACACUUUCACGCUAAGAAGGAAAUAUUUAAUUUUAUCUCAACCUUUUGAGGGGGUUUAAAUGAAGGAGCUUAUGUUUUUUAAAUGAAGGAGCUUAUGUUUUUGUGUUGUUUUUAUUUUACAGGAGGCAUAUCUUUGGUUGGGCACCUACACUGCCCCACACAGAGUCAUUCCGUAUAUUUGAAUGUGUUUAGAGAAAUAAUUUGGUUUUAAAGUCCCUCUUUAUGGCAGGAUUCUAUUUCCUUUCACAUUGAGUUUGUUCAUUUGAGUGUGACAAAGUGCUGGUGAAUUCCUUAGACAUUUUUAUUGUCUGUUGGCUACCACUGGAGAGUACAAUCUUGGCCUAACUGCACUUUUUUAAUGUUUUCACUUCAAAAUAAUUAAAACCUUUCACCAAAGGGUAGAUAGCCAAGGGGAAAGAAGGGAGAGGGGGAAGGGAAGCAAAGAAUACAUAUAAAAAAGAAAAGCACACUUAAUGACAAGGGAAGGUCCUUUCAGACACCUUGUGUUAUUUUGAUGCCUGUCACUGCACAUCCUGUCAGGCCAUUGAAAAAGGACUCUUCAUUUACUGGGGCUUAAGUCAAUUGUUUGCACAGAUUAAUGGCAGGUAAUUCCAGCCCCGCUCGCCUGUACACAGAGAGUGCCUUGCUUUAUUUAACGUACAUAUGUGGGGUGGUUAAAUUCAUGCUCAUAAGUAGUGUGGUAUGGCACCUUUAUGAGUAAUGGACUUGAGGCCCCGGCAAGCUGUGAAUAAUGUCACAUCCACUGUGAAAUGAGAGGCUCUGAAAAGAAAGAACAGGAGACCGAGGUCGAUUGCAUUUUGCAGUAGUAUCUGUUGGAGAGUAUACCAAAAAAACAAGAUUGCUUUGUUCGUAUGGCCUCUUUAAAAUGAUUUGGAGACAAUCGUAUGAUGUAGUAAUAUGCAAGUUGUACAUAUGUGAAUAACAAACUAUGUUUGCUGUUGUUGUAUUUUUUGUUUUACUCAUCAUGUGUUUGUUCUGAUUGCAACAUGUCCUGUGUGUGAUUUGUACUCAAAUGGAGAACAUUCAUUUUCUGUGAGUAACUGAGCCACUCAGUUGUCCUUGUUAGGGAUGCCUGCAUUCACCAACAAAAUUCUCUAACAAUCAAAUUACACACACAAACACACACACACACACACACACACACACAUUUGAAUACAGGAGGUAGUACUGUUAUUGUCAUGCUUCAAGUGAGCGUCAUAAUGUUUGCUACACUAGAGUACCCAGGAGGCAUUGCAGUUCAGUGUUCCAUGUUGCUUGUGUUCAGCUGUGUUUAAAGCUGCAGUUAUCCCCAUUUUGACGAGACAUUUUCAUUUUGCUUCUGUUUUUGUUUUAUCCAUUUCUUUGUUUGUAAAAAAUAUUGUACCCUGGGAGAAAUUUUGUUCACAUUUUUUUUUACGACUAAAUCCAAUUUUAUUUCAAUAAAAACGUUGUUAAAAUGGUGAAA